AUGUCGGCCGCCAGCACCGAGACCAGCGCCCCGCCGCUGCCCUCCGCCGCCAGCCGCGUGUUCUUCCAGGCUGCGCCCGGCGUGGGCUGCGCCGGCUCGGCCCCGCUUGGUGGCGGCGGCUCCGACGACCCGGUGCAGAAGCGACAGGGCAAAGUGACCGUCAAGUACGACCGCAAGGAGCUGCGGAAGCGGCUGGUGCUCGAGGAGUGGAUCAUCGAGCAGCUCAGCGACCUGUACGACUGCGAGGAGGAAGAGAUGCCUGAGGUGGAGAUAGACAUCGACGACCUUUUGGAGGUGAACAGUGACGAUGAGAGAGCCGUCAAACUGCAGGAGUCAUUAAUAGACUGUUACAAACCAACAGAGGACUUUAUCCGCGAGUUGCUGGGCAGGAUAAGAGGAAUGAGGAAGCUUAGUGCUCCGUCUAAGAAGGGCCUAUAAUUUCAGGGACCACGACAUCACCUCAUCCACACACGGCCCCCCGCCUCCCCCCACCUCCACCCCCACCCACUCACCACCACUACCACAACUACCACGGCGACUUCGGUAACACAUCCGAACAGAAGCCGUAUC